AUGGAUAGACUCGAUUUGGCUCACGCGAUGAUGGCCAAGGCGAUUGGGAGCAGGCUGUAUAAUGCGCCGCUGAAGAAGGAGAAGGUGCAGAGGAUUCUUGAUAUUGGGACGGGCACGGGAUUGUGGGCCGUGGAGAUGGGCGACAUCUUUGAGAACGCAGAGGUUCUUGGUAUUGAUCUGAGUCCCAUCCAGCCGGAAUGGGUCCCCCCAAACGUCAGAUUCGAAAUCGACGACGUCGAAAGCCCGUGGGUCCACCACAGGAAAUACGACUUCAUCAUGUGCCGGUACAUGGUCGCCUCCAUCAAAGACUGGCCCGGUCUGAUCAAGAACAUUUACGACCACCUAACCCCAGGAGGCUGGGUCGAAUUCCAAGACGUCACCACAAAAUUCUACUCAGACGACGACACCUUUUCCCAAUCCUCCGCCACAGCCCGGUGGAUGGACGGCUUCAGCCGCGCCUGCAAGGGAAUGGGCCGCGACACCGACGUCGCCCCCCACCUCGCCUCCCUCCUCGUCUCGGGCGGCGGCGGCUUCCCCUCGGACGCGGUCCACGCCCGCCGCAUCAAGGCGCCGCUGGGCCCCUGGGCCAAGGACCAGUUCUACAAGGACCUGGGCAUGAUGAAUUUGAUUCUGACGAUUGACGGCCUGGAAGCGCUUUCGCUAAAGUUGUUUUCCGAGUUGUUGGGGCGGACGCAGGAAGAGAUCUUGGUGGAGACUGCGGCGGUGAGGAAGGAGUUGAAGACUGGUGCUUUUGGGACGUUUCAUGCCAUGUUUGAUAUUUACAAUGUGUAUGCGCAGAAGCCGUUGGAGACGGAAGAUGCUUCUACACCGUGA